AUGUGGACCCGGCCUUCGUCGGGCGUCCUGAUUGAGUCGGGCGCACCGGUUUUACUGAUUCGGGAAACUCCCCAACACACGUCGGCGGUCGGGACCUUUGACUAUAACGACCUCAAUGCCUAUCUGCUCCUCGCGGCGGGCUUGACCCAGCCAGAUGAGGAGACCCUCGCAUCGUACGAAGAGCUCGCACGGAAAGCCCGCGAGGGUAUCACGAUUCCGCUGAAAGACGUAAAGGAUUUGGGAAGAAAAGAGCCGAUGACGACGCUCCCAGCGACGGCCAGCGUGAUGACGGCCGUCGAGACCUUUGGCGGCGGGGUGCAUCGGGUGGUGGUGGUGAAUGAGCACAACGGCCGCGAAGUCGUCGGCAUCUUCAGUCAACUGCGGCUGGUCAAGUUCCUGUGGGAGAACGGCCGCAGCUUUCCCGUGAUCGACCAGCUGUAUCCGCAGGCCCUGCGCGAUCUGCGCAUCGGGUCGCGGGAGGUGAUCUCCAUCAACGGCGAUAAACCUCUAUGCGAGGCGCUACAGAUCAUGAACAAUGAGGGCAUCUCCUCAAUUGCCGUGGUGGACAACCAUUUCAAUGUCGUCGGCAAUAUCUCUACGACCGACGUGAAGCUCCUCACCCGAUCCUCCUCGCUUCCUCUGCUCCGCAACACCUGCACCCACUUCAUCUCGGUGAUCCUGUCGACGCGCGGGUUAGUCGACGGCAAGGACUCGUUCCCGGUGUUCCAUGUGCACCCGGGCUCGACCCUGGCGCAUACGGUGGCCAAGGUGGUGGCCACCAAAUCGCACCGACUCUGGGUAACGGAUCCCCUCUCGCCCUCAUCGUCCGGCCCGCCGACCCCCUCGCAUUCCAGUGUGCAUAUCCCACUCGUUCCGAAUGGCACCUCGAGCAGCAGCUCGCAAUCGCAGUCGCAGCCGCCCCUGCAGCCCCCUCCGUCGCCGUCGCCGCCAUCUGCCAACUACUCCUCGUCGCAUCUCCCGCAGCCUUACCUCCCGGUGCCGGGCCCGUCCAGCGCAGUAACCCCGUCGAUCCCGGCCUCGGCUCUCCCAGGCGCGCGUCUGUCCGGACGACUCGUCGGAGUGGUGAGUCUGACCGACAUCCUGAACCUGCACGCGCGGGCGAGCGGACUCAGCCCCGCCGACCCCGCCGAGAAUCGCAGCCGGCGCCGACGAAGCAGCAGUUCGAGCGUGAGCGUGCGACGCAGCGGGGAGAUCGGCCGGGAAUUGUUCGGCAGAUAG